AUGUCUAGAAAUCAAAUAACUGUACAUCCAGUUGAUGGGAAUGAAGUAAAAGGUGCUAAGAACAUUUUGACUCAUGUACCACAUUACUAUUUGCCUGGCCUAAAUACAUAUUUGCUUAGUAACAUCAAGAACAGCAAUGAAGCUAUUCAGUAUUAUUCUACACCUGAUCGUUUCAACCUACCAGUACCAUGUAUUACAUUUUCAGACAUUGAAUCGAAAAUUAAUGCAGUUUUAGAUAUGGUCAAUUUAAAAGUACAAUGGAAACGUGGAAAUAAAAAACUAUUAAGAUCAUGUCAAAAAAAAUUAAGUUUUAAGACUUUAAAUGACAUAAAAACAAAAGUAAAUACGAAUAAAUCAACAAUGUAUUCAACAAUUCCAAAUAUCUUGUCUCAUUUUACGUCAAAUUUGAUGGAAAACCCUGAUCAAUAUUUUGAUUCCGAAUAUAAUUGGUAUUUUAGCAAUACUAUUGAAAAAUUUCAAAUUAAUGGAAAAUGGUUGUUAGCUUGUGCCAGAGGAGUAAACCUUGAUAUUUUAGAUAUAAUAUCGAUUGAUAAUAAUACAUUUGAAAUAAUUCAAAGUAAAAAAGACGCAUGUUAUAAGGAUCCAAUUUUUGAUAUAAAAUCUUCAAACUUAAAUGAAUUAAUGAUUCGGCAUAAAACCAAAUUAUCUAUAUAUCGGAAUAAUUCUGAUUUAGAACAUUUAUUAAAUAACAAUUCAGUUUAUGAUAACUGUGAUAUACCGUUUGCUGAUGCUGAUGUAAUAGCUAACAAUUUUUGUACUGCUGAUGUGAAACAUAUAAUUAAAUUAUGGAAAGACGGAAAUUGUAUUCAAAAUAAAUACUUUGACGUGGUGUAUGAUCAAACUGAUUCGUUUAUACAUUUAAGUUAUUUACAAAAUGAAUCUAAUUUAAUUGGCAUUAUCAAUAGACAAAAAUUCUACUUAAUAGAUGCUCGGAUUGAUAUCUCUAAGCCUUGCUCUGUUUAUGACCCAAAUACUAUUAUAGAACUAUGUGAAGAAUUAACAACAUUAAAAAGUAGUAAUUUAAAUAGUCAUAGUAUUUAUGUAACUUCCAACCAUUCGGUUUUAACAUUUGACAAUCGAAUGGGAUUUGUAAAUAAAUCAUAUCACAUGCUUUCAAAUUCUCCAUCCCUAAUUAACAUACACCGUUAUGAAAACAAUUUUGAUUCAAAUGAAAUGUUGUUUUUGGGAAACCAAACUGGUGAAAGCCUUGUUUAUUUACCCUACACUUCAUAUCCAGAUGGCUUUCUAUCGUGUCAAAGCAUUGCAUCAUCAAUUCCAAAUCCAUUACAAUCAUUACAUAACGUACAACUUAAAGGGUGUUGCUUAAAUCCUACAUUAUUGGAUAGAUUUGCACGGUGUUUAACUGGUACUACUGUUUUUGGUGAACAUAUUAAAGAUUUAAAACUAUUCAGUAUUAAUUCUGCUGGAGAUUUAUUUGUUCAAAAAGUAAAUGAUAAUACACCAAUAGAUAUAUCUGAAUUUAAUAAAAAUGUUACAAUUAAAUCUCAAACUGUUCCAAAGCUAAAUUAUUCAUAUAAGUUUGAUAUGAGUAACCUUUGGCAAUUAGAUCCACCAGACAAACAUGAGGAAAUUAAUAUUAAAAAGGAUAAUGUUUGGAGUAUGUCAAAAGAAAAGAUGACAUCAUACAUAGACCACCUUGCUCCAAUAAUAUUAUCCCCUUGGGAUAUAGAUGAAUUAUCUGAAUGGGAGAAUGAAGAUGAGAAUAAUGAUGCCAAUGAUGAUUCUGAUUGUGACUAUGCAACUAAAGUUAAUUUUUGGUUCAAUAAAAAUGACACACUGUUGAGGUCAACAGAAACUUUAGAACCAAACACUGAUCAUCCGCCAAUUAAUAUUUUUUCUCAAGCUUCUACUGCAAAAACUGUACCUUCAUCAGAAAAUGACAAUGAUUCCAGUUCAGGUUUUACAGUUUCUUUAAAAUCUGAUGACAGUUAA